GGUUUAUGAAGGGCUUUAACACAUCCUGAUUCAACAACCCCAAACCCACCUCGCUCCGCUCUCACCACCAUCAUCACCACCAUCAAUGGCGGUUUUGAGCGCCUUCACCGUCAAACCCCAUCCCAUUCUCUAAAUCCGAUGCUAACGAACCAACCUCCAAUUUCAAUUGCAAGAUUCUCAUUCCCACAUUCAUCCCAUUGCCAAAACCCCAAAACCAACAUGCUGAAGCUCAUUUCAUCAUCGCACAUCCACCGCCUCACCCCCGCCGCCGCAGCUCCGGUGCUCCGACCCAUAGCGGAGUCCGCAUCGCCGAUGCAUAGACUGCUCAGUUCUCUCGGUCAGAGGAGCGGUAAUUUGGGAGGCAGGUAUUUUUUCUGUUCGGACUCCAGCGACGGGAACGAUCCUGUGGUUGACGCUGAGGUCAAAACGGCUGAGGACGCACCGUCUAAGGCAUCCGCUAUCGUUUCCACGAAUCCCAGACCCGAAGAUUAUCUCAGCGUUUUGGCAUUACCAUUGCAUCAUAGACCACUUUUCCCAGGAUUUUACAUGCCGAUCGUUGUUAAGGAUCCAAAAAUGUUGAAAGCUCUACAAGAAAGUCGGGAACGGCAAGCCCCUUAUGCCGGUGCUUUCCUUGUUAAAGAUGUGCCAGAUCCUGAUCCUAAUGUAGUAUCUAGCUCCGACACAGAGAAAAGUGUACAUGAUUUAAAAGGAAAAGAGUUGCUUAACCGUCUUCACGAAGUUGGGACUCUUGCUCAAAUUACAAGUAUCCAUGGGGAUAAUGUGAUUCUGAUUGGUCAUCGGCGUCUCCGCAUAACAGAGAUGGUUAGUGAGGAUCCGCUUACUGUAAAAGUUGAUCAUCUAAAGGACAAACCUUACAACAAAGAUGAUGAGGUCAUAAAGGCUACAAACUCUGAGGUUAUAUCAACCCUAAGAGAUGUUCUUAAAACAAGUUCCCUUUGGAGAGAUCAUGUUCAAACAUACACUAAGCAUAUAGGUGAUUUUACUCCUUCAAGAAUUGCAGAUUUUGGAACUGCGAUAUCAGGAGCAAACAAAUUGCAAAGCCAGCAAGUUCUUGAAGAGCUAGAUGUGUAUGAACGACUUAAACUUACACUGGAGUUGGUAAAGAAAGAGAUGGAAAUCACCAAGAUUCAAGAAUCAAUAGCAAAAGCAAUUGAAGAAAAGAUAAGCAAUGAGCAGCGUCGUUUUUUGUUGAAUGAGCAGCUUAAGGCCAUAAAGAAGGAAUUAGGACUGGAGACUGAUGACAAAACAGCUCUUACUGCUAAAUUCAAGGAAAGGAUUGAACCAAAGCGAGAAAAAUGCCCGCCUUAUGUUUUACAAGUUAUAGAUGAAGAGCUCACAAAGCUACAGCUAUUGGAGGCUAGUUCUAGUGAAUUCAGUGUUACCCGUAACUACUUGGACUGGUUGACUGCACUGCCUUGGGGUGAAUACAGUGACGAGAACUUUGAUGUUAUUGGGGCUCAAAAGAUUCUUGAUGAAGACCAUUAUGGAUUAACUGAUGUGAAGGAAAGGAUAUUGGAAUUCAUAGCUGUUGGGAAAUUGAGAGGAUCUUCACAGGGGAAGAUUAUAUGUCUUUCUGGUCCACCAGGAGUGGGCAAAACAAGUAUUGGCCGUUCAAUUGCACGUGCCUUGAACCGUAACUUCUUCCGAUUCUCUGUAGGAGGAUUAGCUGAUGUGGCUGAAAUCAAGGGGCAUCGUCGAACCUAUAUUGGUGCUAUGCCAGGGAAGAUGGUGCAAUGCCUUAAGAAUGUUGGAACAGCCAAUCCUCUUGUUUUGAUUGAUGAGAUUGACAAAUUGGGCAGAGGGCAUGCUGGUGAUCCAGCAAGUGCUUUGUUAGAGCUUCUGGAUCCAGAGCAGAAUGCGAAUUUUCUGGACCACUAUCUUGACGUUCCUAUUGAUCUAUCAAAGGUUCUUUUUGUUUGCACUGCAAAUGUUGUGGAGAUGAUACCCAAUCCUUUGUUGGAUAGGAUGGAGGUUAUUUCUAUUGCUGGGUAUAUUACUGAUGAGAAAAUGCACAUUGCUAGAGAUUAUCUGGAGAAGAGUACACGUGAAGCAUGUGGAAUAAAGCCUGAACAAGUGGAAGUGACUGAUGCUGCUCUUCUUGCUCUAAUAGAUAAUUACUGCCGAGAAUCAGGUGUUAGGAACCUUCAAAAGCAAAUAGAGAAAAUUUACCGAAAGAUAGCACUACAACUUGUGAGGAAAGGGGAAGAAAUUGAUGCUACUGUUGCUAGUUCUCAGUCUUCCGAAUCCAAGAAAGACAAAGUAGAUUUUGAUGAAUCAAGUUCAAACACCAUUCAAAAAGAGAACUCUAAGUUAGAAGAGAGUAGUAAUCCUGAACAAAUGGGCGAAAGUGAAACCUGUGAAGAAGUUGACAAGGUGCAAGCAGUACCUGAUGAUCAAUCUACAGAUACGGAGGUUGCAAAAGAAAGUGAGGAAGAGAAGGAAACUGAAACAAAGACUAUUGAAAAAGUAUUAGUUGAUGAAUCAAACUUAACUGAUUUUGUUGGCAAGCCUGUGUUCCAUGCUGAUCGCAUCUAUGAUCAGACACCUAUUGGGGUUGUUAUGGGUCUUGCAUGGACUUCAAUGGGCGGUUCGACGCUGUAUAUAGAGACCUCAUUUAUUGAGGAAGGGGAGGGAAAAGGAACACUGCAACUCACUGGUCAAUUAGGAGACGUGAUGAAAGAAAGUGCUCAGAUUGCUCACACAGUUGCCAGAGCAAUACUACAGGAGAAAGAACUAGAAAACCCUUUCUUUGCAAAUGCAAAAUUACACCUCCAUGUUCCUGCAGGGGCUACACCAAAGGACGGACCCAGUGCUGGUUGCACGAUGAUCACUUCUUUGUUGUCCCUUGCCAUGAAGAAGCCUGUGAAGAAGGAUCUAGCAAUGACUGGGGAAGUAACACUUACAGGGAAGAUUCUUCCUAUUGGCGGGGUUAAGGAGAAAACCAUAGCUGCGAGAAGGAGUGGUGUUAAGACUAUAGUGUUCCCUUCGGCUAACAGGAGAGAUUAUGAUGAGCUAGCACCUAAUGUGAAAGAAGGUCUUGAUGUUCAUUUUGUUGAUGAUUUCAAGCAGAUAUUUGAUUUGGCUUUUGGCGAUGACUAGUCUCAGAAUAUAGACAAGGAGUGUUCAUACUCGAUGGAGAAUAUUCUAAUAUUUGCAUCAAUACAAAAUCAUUUGAGUUUAUCAUCAUUUGAGGCAUACAUAAACACCUAUGGUACUCUACCUCUAGUUUCAUCAUGUUGAGGGGAUAGGAAAAGGGUUGUAGUAGGUGUCGGAGAAAUGGAUUCAGUUGUUUUUCUAUGCCAUUCAUUCAUGCAAUUCUAGAAAAGUCAAAAGAAGUGAAGUUGAGAAUCACAAGAUUUUCAUCAAAUCAUUAGUGGUGAAUGACAAGGUUUUGAUCAAACCAUGAAUGAUUACAUGACA